AUGUUUCUAUCAAAGAUAAGUAAAUUAUGGAAGGUAUGGGAGCUUAGGACAUUGGUUCUUAUCAGCCUCUCCAUUCAGGUGUUACUUAUCCUUUUCGGAAGCCAUAGAAAGCGUAUUGUGACCAAGUGGGUUAGCCUUCUUCUUUGGUUGGGCUACUUGUUGGCUGAUAGUGUUGCAACCUUGGCUCUUGGUGUCCUUUCGCAUAAUGGAGAUUCCGAAGAUCAUUCAUCAUCAGCAAAUCAAAACAAUGAUGAUCUACUUGCAUUUUGGUCACCUUUUCUUCUUUUACACCUUGGUGGCCCUGAUACCAUCACUGCUUUCUCUUUGGAAGACAACGAAUUGUGGCUCAGGCACUUUCUUGGACUCAAUGUUCAAGUCGGAGUUGCAUUUUACAUCUUCAUCAGGACUCUAUCAGAAACCAAGCUACCAGGAGCCAAACUGUGGUUAGUCACCAUCCUAAUGUUUAUUGCAGGAAUCAUCAAGUACUCAGAGAGGACAUGGGCUCUAAUGGUUGCAAGCCGAGAUAAUUUUAGGGAGUCUAUGGUCACUGCUCCUGACCCUGGACCCAACUAUGCCAAAUUCAUGGAGGAAUACUGUUCCAAAAAGAGUGCCGGACUAAAAGCAGAAAUAGUCUGUGAGCCAGAGCCAAGGUCACAGUUGCGGCGGCGGCGGCGGCUUUCCCAUGGGAGUAAUUAUGUUGAAGAAGAGAGCAAAAUUAUAAGCGAUGAGGAUCUUAUAUUUGAAGCCCACCGUUUCUUUCAGAUAUUUAAGCGCCUUAUUGUUGAUCUUAUUCUCACUUUCCAUGAUCGGAAUGAAAGUCAAUCCUUCUUCAUGAAACGUUCUUGGGAUCAAGCUUAUAAAGUCAUUGAGAUUGAGCUUGGGUUUGUGUAUGAGGUUCUCUACACAAAGGCUGCUGUGAUUCAUACACUUACAGGUUGCAUUCUUCGCAUCUUUAGUGCUUCCUCCAUCACUUCUGCUUUCAUUAUCUUCUACUUGUCCAUCAACAAGAUUAACUACUCAAAGAUUGAGGUAGUAAUAACUUAUGUACUUUUGGGAGGGGCUAUUGCUUUAGAGAUUUGGUCACUAACUCGAUUAGUCUUCUCAGAAUGGACUAUCAUCUGGAUGAAGAAGAAGAACCUCAAUCAGUUAUCAACACUUUUAUUUAGAGUUGUUUCUUAUUUUAGACCAAUCGACCAACCAAGAUGGUCGAAUUCCAUGGCACAAUACAACUUAAUCAAGUUUUGUAUCAAAGAUCAGUCAUCAAUCGUUGGAAAAAUGAUGAAGCUCAUUCAUGUCAAGGAAAUUUAUGACAAGUUCUGGUACAGAACAUAUAUAGGUGUCACUGAUGAUCUUAAAACAUCCAUAUUUGAGGACUUGAAUCAGAAGUUACGCAAUGCAACAGAUUCCACAUCUUACAAGUAUUUCAGCACUUGCAGAGGGGAAUUAGCACUUCAAAUGAUCGAUUACUAUGAUGAUAUACUUGAUCGGAGUAUCAAAGUUGAAUUUGAUGAAAGCAUUUUGCUUUGGCACAUUGCUACAGAUAUUUGUUAUUUCUUGGAUGAUGGAGAUCAUCAUAAAGAGAUUAAUUCAGAAAAAAUUCUUUCCAACCAGAGGAAGAGCAGAGCUGUAUCAAAUUAUUUGUUAUAUCUUUUGGUGUCACGCCCUUUCAUGUUGACCGCAGGGAUUGGACAAAUCAGAUUUGGGGACACAUGUGCUGAGGCCAAAAACUUUUUCCAUCGAUUGGAAAUCGAAAUUGAUGAAUCACAAGCUUGUAGGAAAUUGCAUGAAGUAGACACACAGGUUCCCCCAAUAGAGGUGAAAGGAGAUAGGAGCAAAUCAGUAUUGUUCGAUGCAUCCAGGCUUGCGAAAUCGUUGCUUAAGUUGGAUAUAGAGAAGAGAUGGGAGAUGAUGAGUCUUGUGUGGUUUGAGAUGUUGUAUUAUACAGCAAGUCAUUGUAGGGGAAAUUACCAUGGUCAAAGGCUUAGUCUGGGUGGAGAGCUUCUCACUGUUGUUUGGUUUUUAAUGGUCCAUCUUGGUAUAGGAGAGCAAAACCGUGUGGAAUCAGGACAUGCUCGAGCCAAGUUGAUAGUAGACAUGUAA